CUGAUAUAUCCCAUCAGAUAGAAGGCUGAUCUUCCAAAAAUGUUCUCCCGGAUGGACUGUUCCUAGAACACAGAGAGGAAGAGAGAGAGAGGGGGGGGCUGCGCACAAGGGGCCAGGGUCCUGCCUGAUCGCUGACAGAAGGGCUCCAGGAAGAAAAAGAGCGAUACAUGUAUUUCUCCCAUCUCUACUCCUUCUAACUCAUCUUCUCUCAUCUGGUCAUUCCGUGCUGCAGGCUCAGCGAAAAAUUACACUCACAUUCCUCUAGACGAGGACCUCACAUUCAUUCACUUUCUCCUGACUCCACUGAGCCCGCUGCCCCGCAAUGUUCACCUUCAGCGCUGUGGGAUUGGGGCUCUCCCUCUUCUCUCUGCCAUUCACCAUGGCAUCCCCUCCCGCUGGGCGAUGGGGUCACCAGUCCGUUUACGUGCCUGGACAUCAGGCAAUGUACGUGAUUGGAGGUCAGGUCGUUGAGGCCAAUGAAGAGAUCACCAAUGAUGUGUUGAUCUUGCCUCUCAACCAAGACAAUCCUUCGUUCCUGACUGGACCGACAACGGGACUACCUCCUCAUGCAUUCGCUUCGGCAACUCUGGCCGAGGAUGGUAACUCGAUCAUCGUCGUUGGAGGAAUGACCUCGAAUUGCGGUUCGGAUGCCGUCACUCAUACCCUUGGCCCUGGCUCCAAUGGGUGGACCGCGGCCAACCCGACCCGACUUGUUCGGAGGCGAGGAGCUGCUGCCACUUGGGUGGAUAAUGGUUCCAGUCAAGGUGCUAUUAUGGUCGUAGGUGGUAUCUCGGACCACUAUGUCUGUUCCUCCGCCACAUACACCUAUCCCGUGUCAGACAUCUUGUCUCUUCCCCUCGGGACGGGCUCCAUGAUUUCCUCUCGAAACUUACCCACCGAUCUGACUGGUUCAGAUCUGGCAAUCUCUGAUUUUGCCCUUGCCCAUGCACCAGAUCACUCCUUGUAUCUCGUUGCCGGUCAGGAUUCCACCGGAGCGCUUGUUUCGCUUGACACCAUCGGAAUGUGGACCAAGGCCAACGGAUGGCAGUCGCAAUCAACGACUGGUCAAGUCCCAUCAGGUCGAUUGGGAGCUACUUUGGUAGCUCACCCAAGUCUCGACUUGCUUGUCCUCCAUGGCGGGUCUAAUCCCCAGUCAGAAGGAUCCGCGACUGAUGGAAGCUCCUUACUCGCCGUCCUCAACACCACCUCUUGGGUGUGGUCUUCUCCCUCGAACCUGCAACCUCCUGCCUCCACUGGCGCCGCAUACCAUACGUCCAUCAUGACUCCAUCCGGCGUCAUGAUCAUCGCUUUCGGAUUGAGCCCUGACGGCGUACCACGUUCGGAUGUGUUUUAUCUUGACGCAAGAGGUCCGUCCAUCAGCGAGUGGACCUGGAAGUCGUCUUGGUCCGCCGACAUGCUCGACCAGUACACAGUCAACAAUUCAUCAAACAGUACCAAUGUUGGAGUCGCAGCGACAUCCCCUACCGAAACAAAGUCGGACAUGUCUGCUCCUUCAUCUGAAAAGACGACGACGACUAUCGUCGUCCCUGUUGUCGUUGGUAUCUUGUUGAUUGUGCCUGUUCUUUUGUUCUUCAUCCGUCGUCAAGUCCGCAUCAAUCGAAAGCGACGAAUGGCCAAACACUUUUCGUUCUCUGCUCAAGAUGAUGAUGGCGACUUCACGAGACCCGUCCAGCCUGUCCGACUUCGCCGUACCGACACUCAAUUCUCCUUUGGGCGAGAUGCCAACGAGAAGGAAGGAAAUGCCUUCACAGACAUUGUCUCCGCAGUGAAACGGAUUGCCCGUCGGAACAGGUCCGACUCAACCUCCUCGAAUGCUCCAGGAGCCGGCGGAUCUAUGCGAAAGACAUCGCGGCUGAACGAGAAGUCUAUGAAAUGGGAAGAAAUCGACUUUGGUCUCGGUAAAGUGGAUCAGAAUCGAAGUGCUCCUCCUUCUCGAAACCCGUCCAUCUCCACCGGUCCCACUCAACGUCCACCUAGCUCUGCCGGCGUAGCUUCUACUUGUAGCAGCCACAACCCUUUCUCUGACGAUGGUGAAAUUCUUGUUCCCGUCGGUACCGAUAGCUCGCCGCGAGUCGGUACCCCAACAGAUGAUGGUCAAGCGCACCUCGUACCCGGACUUGAGCUGGACCCUGGAUCCAUGACGCCCACUCAACCCGUCGACAAUUUCCAUCCGUCUCAAACGGAUGGACUCGACUGGAAUAUGUUGGCUCAGGAACUUCAAAUCAGACCUGCCUUCCGAUCCAUUGAUCCUUCUUCAACUUUGAGAUCUCAUGCCCACACUGAGACUCUCUCGCCAAGGACACCGACUUCGCCUUCCAUUAAUCGAGUCGUCCUUCAACCCGGACAUGGCAGGCGAGUCUCGGAGACUCUCCCUCUGAACGUUCACAACCCUCAUCUGACGAGAUUGAGUGGCUCUCCUCGAGCCGUCUCUUCUCCUCUGGGAGGGAGAACUCUCGUCGAUAUGGGCAGAAGGGGAUCCGCACCGUCCAUCAAUAUUAGGCCAGUGACCCCUUCCAGUCCCGGAUCGAGCGGUACCGUGACACCCACCAAUCGGGUGGUGUCUUAUGACUCGACGAUGAGAAGGGCAAGUAACCCCAUGGUCAUCCCUGUCUCAGGAUUUGAUAAUCCCUCCAUCAGCGGAAGGGAGACUCCUAGCAGGCUGAGAGUCAUGAAUUAUUCGGAUUCAGACUAUGUUCAGCCUGCGCCAGGGAUGGCUUUGUGAGGCCGCUGAUUGUUUGGACAUUGUAGCUCUUAAUCUCUGGCAGAUGAGGCUGGCUUCUCGGUCUGUAGUCUGUAGUCGGACGCAGGCAUGCAUCGGGUGGGGUUUUGAAA